UUUAUCUACUUAUUCCAAGCUUACACAAACAUAAACCUACCACCAUGCACUUUUGUGAUUUUUUGCUUAUCAUUUUGGCUAUCUUCAGUAUGUAUAUCGUGUGAAUUUGCAACAAAAAGCACACCACACCUACUAACAAAAAAAUAUUUUUCAGUUCCUCCUAUUCCAGUAAUUGUUAAAAAAGGUUGUACAGGUUCAGUCUUUAUUAAUAUCUUAUUGUGGCUUCUAGGAGGGAUUUUUGCUAUAGUUCAUGCCGUGUACGUGGUUGGUAGCAAUCCUCAUAGAAGGAAGCACGGUUCUCAGACUUCGUACCGUCAUCCACUAGCACAGUAUCCUGUACAACAAAUAUAUGUUAAUCCUAAGUGAUAACCAAAUUAUGUUGCAGCUGGACUAAAGAAGUAGCUUACUAUUGACAUUUUCAUCUGUUUUUUUUAUUUUUUUCUUUUCAAUGUCAAACUAUAAACGAAUCAAUUCGUAAACAGAUGUUACUUACGUUCCUUGCAAACACAAAAAAAAUUAGUUUUGAGGUCAUUUCUUGCAAUAAAACAAUACUGCAUACAAGAAAGGUUCAGAACAAAGAAU